GUACAUAGUAAGCAUUGACUCUGUCGCCGUCAGCCAUCAUGAACAUAAUCUGGCGGCAUACAACUCCGCAACAGGAUUUCACGGCUGCUGCUCGGAUACUGAUACUCACAUGUCCUCAUCGGAUGUAUAUGCGCGCAGAGGUACGAGAAAGCUCGUGCCCAUCACAUCUCCCAUGGGAUCACAAACAUUGUUGUCCGGGGCUGCUGCCGCUGGCACUCCACUCCAAGCAUUAUAUCUCGACCCAUCGAUCCCAUCCACAUCCAGGUUGCGAAUUCCACCAAGAGGAUCGAGUAAAUUGAAAAUACUUGCCAGGUACUCUUCAUCUCCUGUCACCUGAGUCGACGCAGGGACUGCGAAUGCGUGCUGGGAGUUGUGCAGGGGCGGAAAGGUAGGGUUGUGGACUGGAGCCGGAGCCUCGGUGACCGGCGACUUGGGCGCACCGCCGCGACGGAUCCCGCCCCGACGGCUGGGACGAUAGACACAAUUCAACCCUUUGUAAGAACACUACGGACAAAGUCACUGACUAUCCGAGUGAAGACACCAGCCAGGCACGCAGGAUAUCAUCGAGAAGUUCCUUACUCUGCUACAUGGGCUCCGUCCGUCGCAUCGAAUCUUGCGCGCGCGACUUGACACGCGGAGCGGUUAAUGUUCCCAUACGUGAAUGGCUCCGAGGGGACAAGAAUGACUGACCAGGCAAGACAGGCGGCUCGACUGGGGGCUCUUUGACCAGCAUGCAUAUGUGAAAAAAAAAUCAGAAGUCACUGACCUCAAGGA